AUGGUCGCCCCUGUCUGCAAAUAUUUCCAACAAGGCCGGUGUAGAUUUGGAGACACUUGCAAGUUUGAACACCCAGGUGCACAACGACAGACAUUCACUGGGGGCAAUCGGUUUGGCGCGCUUUCGGGAGGCGGCAGCAACUUCAACAGUCGUGGGUCUUCGGGGAAAAAUCAGUCGAAACAAGAACCAGCAAACUAUGGUGUAACUGCGGAGGAUAUCAAAACCGACUUGACUGCUGGUAAUGGAAGACCUGACUGGAUCUUCUCCUGCUAUGGUCCUGGAAAAAACGCUCCAAGGCAACUGUUCGGAGGCCCGCAACGAGAGCAGAGCUUUGAAGAGCUCCGAUUGCGGCACUACGAAGCCGCCGCCAAAGGAAACCCAGGCCCUGCAAUUCAAGAGGCCGAGAUGAUGUAUUCUGAGGCUUUGAAGCAGAUGGAAAACAUCCUGGGAAAUCUCAAUGCAGCGGUGAAAUACGUAGUUGAUGGAGCCAAUGAACAUCCAAACAGGAUUGAUAUCGUCAAGGGCGACACUGGUGCCGGUGCCGGCCAAACAUCAGCAUUCGGACAACCUUCAGCAACACCAUUUCAAGCUACGGGCUUUGGUCAACAAGCAUCCAGCCAACCCGCCUUUGGCCAGUCACCUUUCGGUCAAGCAUCAACAGGACAGUCGUCUGGCUUCGGUCAGCCGUCUCUUGGACAAUCCUCUAGCUUCGGCCAACCAAGUGCUCUAGGCGCCUCGUCCGGGUUUGGUAAACCUGCGUUUGGACAGACCAGCCAACCCAGCCAACCGGGCUUUGGCCAGCCUAGCAUGAGUCAACCCGGUCUCGGCUCAGGAUUUGGCCAGGCUGCCAAUGCUGCAUCGCCAUUCGGUCAGAUCGGUAAUGCAGCCACCAACACUGGCUUCGGAAAUCCCUCUCCAUUCUCUCAUGCAGGUUCUGGUUUCGGUCAACCAUCAACUGCGCCAGCGGCGGCCAGCGGCUUCGGCGCGCCAUCACAACCAGCAAAUCCCUUCGGACAACCGCCAGCACCAUUUGGCCAACCUGCCCAGCCAGCAGCUCCAAGCCCAUUCGGCGCAGCGGCGCAACAGCCAGCAGCGACACCAUCAGCAUUCGGACAGUCAGCAGGCGCUGCGUCACAGCUUCCUCAACCUGCACCUUCAGGGGCGGUAGGCACUGGGCCGCCGCCAUUACUGAAAGUUGACAACCCCAACGAACUCGCUCCUAUCCCACCUAUGAACGGCCCAACGACGCACAAUGCAUUGACCAAGAAGCUACAAACUUGGAAGGGGCAGCCGGUGCAGUAUAUCGACGAUGCGCCUUGCUAUUUGCACCCUCAAGACCGAAAGACACCUGUUCGAAUAUUUUUCCCUGAUGGGCCACCGGACGCAGCCAGUCUACGGGACGCACAGGCAGAGCCGGACAAAUAUACCCCAGAGGUUACGGAGCAAUAUGAGUUCUUCGUUAAGAACGGAUACUUCAAGGAUGGGCUUAUCCCGAGUGUGCCUCCAAAGACUGAGUGGGUUAGCUUUGACUUUUAG